GGUUGUUUAAGGGCCAAAAUGACUGGUCCUUAUAUACUGAUACUGUUAACUAUAUCUGCAUUUAUUACCUUGGCUGAUUUGACAAACAAGCCAUGUCAAAUCCUCGCCGUGAAUACAUGCUUGUCAGCUUACAUCCAAGGCUUUCAAAACCAGUCAUAUUCGCGCUACAAUGAAAGGCAACUACACUGUAGGCUAGACAAGGAACUAGCGUUGUGUGCAGACAAGUUCUUGAAGACCUGUCCGGGGGGUUUGUUAGCGUCCCUUGGUCGAGCCGUAAUAUCAUAUGUACGGUUUGACCGACAGAAUGGCGUUUGCAGGUGGCCUGGGUACUACCCAUUGUUAAAAAAGCUCUCAUCAGGGAGUGGAAAUGCKCGCUGGAUGAGGAAGUACGAUCGACUAGUGUACCAGUGCACGCCAUCUUCCAGUGCAAGACAACUUGAUCUUUAUUGCAUCAAGGCCUUCGUCCAACGAAUGCGAAAGAAAGCAGACUUGUGCCAGUUUAUUCCAUUCAAGUACAACUGUCUGCGAAAAGGGCAGAAAGUUAUUCAGUCUGACAUUUUAGAUGCAGUUCUGGAUAUUUUUCCUGAAGAAGCUGACAAAGUCUUGAAAGUUCUUUGUCAAAAGGAGAGGUAAAUAAAAUGUCUUUCUCAAAAAA